UUGUCUCCCAUCCUCCUCGUCUCACCAUCUUCCCCGCGGGCCAUGCACGAUGUCCAGUAAUCCAAACUCCCGCUCUAUGCAUGGCUCUCAGUCCAUCUUCCCCGGAGGCAGCAGCUCGCGCCCCUUCCUCAACAUGCUUAACCCCAUGGGCCGCACGUAUCAGGGCUACAUGCAAGCCAAUCAAUCCGUCGUCGAAGAGGAGGACGAAGAAGGUGCGAGCAACGAUCUCGAGUCUGGCCAGCCCCAGCGCAGCUCCAUCUUCACGACAAAGUCGCAUGGCAAGCGCAGGGUCUCGUGGGGCGGAGACGCCUCCGAGAUGAACGUGCUCCGUCCCAACAUACGCCAGGCCGACCCGAAGGAGGGCGAUGAGUCUUCAGAUGAUGAGGUUCCGCAGGACGUGAUGAUCGAGGCCGCACGCCGUCCUCCUUCACCGCAGCGGAGCGCAAAGGGCAAGGAGCGGGAGACCCGCAAGCGACCUUUGGUCUCCGCACGCAAGUCAUCCAAGCCAAUACUCCCCUCAAACACGUCCGACACGCCCGUAUCAAUACCCCCUCGCCCCUCAGAGAUCAAUACAGACCCUAUGCCGCAGCAGCAAUCGGAGCCACUACAUGAACCGCAGAGCAAACACAUGCAUGGACUCGACGACCACGAGCGUGCACUGUGGAACUGGGUGAACGUCUACAACUUGGACGCUUUCCUCCAAGAGGCGUACUACUACUACGAGGGAAAGGGUCUCUACAGUAUAGCAUUGUCCCGGGGCCUCAAUCUGCUUACGGUCGGGUUCGUGAUUGGCUUCUCUACCUUUCUCCUCGGGUGUGUGGACUACUCCCGUAUCCGACAUGACAAGGUCACACGACUGUCCGAGGUUGUGGUGAAGCGAUGUGUUUCCAGGUUCUCGGGCUUCACGCUUCUCUUCUUCGUGCUGUUCACCGCGUUCUUCGUCUGGCAACUCGUCUCGUACGUCCUGAACAUGCUGCGCCUAGUAGACAUGUACCGCUUCUACACGCAUCUACUCCAUAUUCCCGACGAAGAUAUUCAAACCAUCUCUUGGCCAGAAGUAGUGCGCCGGAUAGGCGCGAUCCGGGAGUCGAAUCCGCUCACCGCCAUCUCCUCAAAUGCGGCCACGCACCAGUCGGUGACCGCGAAGCUCGACGCGCACGACAUCGCGAACCGAAUCAUGCGGCAGGAGAACUACCUCAUUGCGCUCUUCAACAAGGAGCUGCUCGACCUACGCGUUCCGCUCCCCGACGCACUGGCGCGCUUCCGCGCAGGCGAGGAGGGCAAGGGCAGGUUGCUGACGCGAGCGUUAGAGUGGAACCUCCGGUUUUGCUUGAUGGAGUAUCUGUUCGACGAGAGCGGACGGGUGAGGAAGGUGUUCUUGAAGAGCAAGAACAGAGCCGUUUUGAUCGAGGGACUGCGACGGCGAUUCAUCUUCAUGGGCAUGUUGAACGCGGUCUUCGCGCCCUUCAUCGUGCUGUACCUCAUCAUGUACUCGUUCUUCCGCUACUUCGAGGAGUACCACAAGAAUCCGUCAAACUUUGGAGGGCGCUCAUAUACACCCUACGCACAGUGGAAGUUCCGCGAGUUCAAUGAGCUUCCCCACCUGUUCAAGCGGCGGCUGAGCGAAUCGUAUCCCGCCGCGAGCAUGUACAACGGCCAGUUCCCGAACGAGCAAGUGACGCUUAUCGUGAGAUUCGUGGCCUUCAUCGCGGGCUCGUUCGCCGCGGUGCUGCUCCUCGCCUCCGUCGUCGAUCCGGACCUCUUCCUGCACUUCGAGAUCACCCCGCACCGGACCGUGCUCUUCUACCUCACCGUGUUCGGUUCGCUCCUCGCGGUCGCGCGCGGGAUGAUCCCCGAGGAGAACCGCGUGUUCGAUCCGGAGCUGCUGAUGAGCGAGGUCGUGCAGUACACGCACUACAUGCCGGACGAGUGGCGCGGGCUGCUGCACUCGAAGAAGGUGCACGCCGAGUUCGGGACGCUCUUCCAGAUGAAGGUGCUCGUGUUCGCGCAGGAGCUCGCGUCGGUGCUGCUCACGCCGUUCGUGCUGUGGUACUCGCUCCCGACGUGCGCGCCCGCGAUCGUCGACUUCUUCCGCGAGUUCACGCUGCAUGUGGACGGGCUGGGGUAUGUGUGUUCGUUUGCGGUGUUUGACUUCCAGCGGCAUGGGAACGUCAAGUUCGGCGCGCCGACACAGGUCAGCGACGAGCGUUGGAUGUCGAAGGAGGGCAAGAUGGAGAAGAGCUUCCUCAACUUCAAGGCCGCCCACCCAGAAUGGACACCCAACGACCCCUCCGGCUCGCUCUACCUCAGCCGCAUGGCCGACCUCAGCGCCGCGCACCCCAUCGGCCUCGGCCGACGCCGCUUCCUCCAGCGCACGCCCCACUUCGGCGGCCCCGAGAUGGACGGCACUGUGCAGCUGCAGGCCCCCGGGCCCGGGCAAAGCCAGCUGCGGCGGCGCGGCAUGGGCGCAAGCAUGGCUGGGAGCGUGCUGCACCCCGCGCAGCUCGGGCAGUACGGCGGGCUCGGGCAGAGCGUGCGCCCUGGGGCAGACUCGAUGCUGCAGUCGACCGCGGGCGGGGGCGCGAUGGCGCAGACGGCAGUGCUGGGCGACUCGCAGGGGAGCAUCAUGCCGCUCCCGGCUGGGGGGAAGGUGUUGGCGGAGUCGGUCAUCCCGGAGGAGGAUUUGGCGGCGGACGGCGGGGUGGGGAGCGGGCUGGGCGAGUCGUAUGUGGACGGACGGCGGGCGCGGGCGUCGACGGCCGGGCAGUCGCAGCAGGAGGACGAGGACGAUAUGCUCGAGGACGGCGGUGUGCUCGGGCUGCUUGCGCAGAUCUACGGGACUGGUGCGAACCUGAAGGGACGUGGACGCGGUCCUCCGCGCGCGAUAUGAUGGUACAGGAGUUGGUAGUACGAUGUUUGUGACGACCUUUCAUGUGAAUCUUUGCUUUGCUCGAG